AUGGGCACUGGCUUUGUCAGUAUCGACUUUUGCCCUCUGCUGCUCUGCACCAACACCACCACCACUACCCCGUCAACCGGUAGCAACUCGCCCUUUUGGCCCAAAAUCAACCCCAACCUACACCUGGGACAUGUGAGCGCUUCUGAUAUGAGACAAUGCCCUGAUGAUUUCGAUGUAUGGAGUCUACCCAAGCCCAGCAUACUUGUAAGACUGGGAGUUGUGUACUUUACAGGUAUUCGGUCUACCUCUUUUUACAUGAAUCCAAUGAAUUACGCAUCAACCUCUCAUCCAUCCAUCUUUGUAUAUGUUGUAAAUCUCCGAGUUGGUUUUUAUGCCCAUUUCACCCGAAUAGGAAAUGUGGAGAUAUCACCAAACGCGACCGUGACCGCGACCGCGGCCGCGUCCCCCUUCACAAUCACCGCUCUAUACGCUCAUACUCAUAACCUUCACAAGGCUUCCCAUUCCAAGAUGCCCUCUGUAAAGCUACAUCCCAGGUCAUCAGUUCCAGGAAAUCAAGCGACCGCGACCGCCCCCUCAACUCCCGCGCACAACCCUCUCCCAACACUGCUUCAAACACCCUCCGGCCUAGCCCUCCUUGAGCUCCAAGGCACGAUCAAUGUUCCCUCAGGAAGUGAGGAUGAGGACUUAGGAGACAUUUCCGCAAAUAUCGAUCCAGCUUCGAUCUUUGAAACCCCGAUCGGAAAGCUCAUGUUCCCAGACUACUCGACCCUCAAUCCAGAAGACACCAAGUGGAUGAAGCGCGCUUACCUGUAUGUUGGGCGGUACCAACGGAUGACCGGGGAAGUGAAAAAGCUCCCACAUCCAAUUGCUGUGUUACAAAAACGCCCGUCGGAGGGCGAGGAACUGGAGGUUGUGGACAUUGUGCGCUACAAGAUAUUCUUCAAGAAUCGACCUGAGCCUGUGAACAACGUCUGA